UUAUUUGCAAAAUAGGAAACUGGUCGUGUCAUUGAAGCUUCGACUUCUUCAGUUAUACGAUGGCUCAAGCGAAGGUUAACGGUCCAGAAAAAUCAUCCGGCAAUGUCAUUAAGGAGAAGGAUAAAGACGCCGAAGAGAAAGAAGGUUCCAUCGUUAUACCGGAAUGUGCAGUGUGUCUACAACCUUGCAUUCACCCAGCAAGAUUACCCUGCAGUCACAUAUACUGUUACUUAUGCGUCAAGGGUGUCGCUAAUCAGAGCAAACGGUGCCCGAUGUGCCGUCAAGAGAUUCCACCCGAUUUCCUUGAGAGGCCCCAGUUAGUGGAGGUAGAGGAGCCACAAAAGGACUCGGAACACCCGGAAGAGGAGUACCAGUGGUUUUAUGAAGGGCGAAAUGGUUGGUGGCAAUACGAUCAGCGUACAAGUAUCGAACUAGAAACGGCAUAUAAGCAAGGCAAGAGAACUUGUGAGCUGCUAAUCGCAGGAUUCCUUUACAUCGCUGAUUUUGGCUCGAUGCUUCAGUUGCGUAGAAACGAUCCUUCUAGACGGAGAAGAAUAAAAAGAGAUUUGCAUAACGUCCCGAGGAAAGGGGUUGCCGGAUUGCGGCUUAACGUACAGGACGAGGAGAUUGUGAGGGAAAUAAGGGGCGCGGAACGGCCAGCUAGUCCAGCGAGUGAUAGCAUGGGUACAGGAGACGGCACAAAUACCCCAAUACCACCUAGUAAUACACCGCAGACACCCGCAGGCGGGACAGCGAGUGGCGACGCCACGCCCCUGAACGACAGGAUAGAUCAGAGAUCGGAUUCCUUGCAUCAGGUUCUAGAACAGAUGCGUUCUCUAGUUCUAAGGGAACAUUUGUCCUUAAAUAGUGAUAACGAAUUCGAAGAGGAUAUAGAAGAGGCAACUAUUCCAGAUCAUCCUGCUCUCUCAUAGCUAAAAGUAUUCAACGCGAAUUCGCCAGAGAUCAUAUUAAUAAUUGUGCUUAGGAAUCUCCGACACGUUUUCAGGCUCGUUGCAUUACUGUUCAGCUCAAUAAGAUAGUACAUGUUACACACGGAUAUGCGUAUUACGUUUGCUGCAAUUGCGAUACAAAUGUACAAACUUUAUAUUGAUUUAGCAUUAAUUUGCUCAAUUACAGGCGUACGAAAAAUUGAUUGUACAAAUUAAGUCUUUUGAUUUAGAUUAUUCUCACUCAGUUAAGAAAAACAGAUAUUCUUAUUCUCUUUUGAACGAUUAGAGCUUUAAAAGAGAAUAAGAAUAUCUUUUUUUUGUUUGUUCUGUCGAGAGCCCGGAUAUUGCGUAGCAAAAAAAUGUUGCAGCGAGAGAAAUUAGUUAGUCCGAUGAAAUAAAGCGAAAAACAAUAAGAUAUUAAAAUCUAUAAUAAAAUAAUAUAAUGUGUUCACGCCUUCGGAGGGCGGUUAAAACAGAUAUAAUGAAAAAUGUUUAUUCUUGUGAGAAGAUUGAAUGCAAUACACGAUAGUCGAUAAUCGCUACUUUUGAAUAGAUCAUGUAUAAUUUUUACGUUUAGAAUUAUUGAAUUAUUUUCUCUUCUUGUAGUGCACAUAGAAAUAAAAGAUACGUUCUUUUUCUCACUCUUUUCCUUUCUUCGAUAUAGGUAUUUGCAUUAUAAGAUAAAUGAGAUGGAAGAUUCAACAGGACAUUUAAUAUAAUGUAAGAUACAUGAAUAUAAAUGGAUCAGCACGCAUAAAUAAACACAUUAGAAAU